ACGUGCGUAGAGCGUGUUUGUUCAUAAAAGAUGUGUAAUAUGUGUACCCGUGACGUGAUAGAAUCGGCCCCGGCACCGGUGGCGCCGGCGCACGCACCCUCGCGUGCCUUAGACAGAAUGAAGAAGAAGCACAAUAUUGUGACUGAUCCCCACUGUUCGGAGAAACAGAAGGAGGUGGAGUACCAGCCAGACCUCCUGGCUGUGUCCACCAAGUACACCAAGAUCUGCUACGACCACUUCAAGCAGGCCCUCGUUCGGGUGCAGGAGACGAAAGCAUACGUUAUCGCCACUAAAACGACGCAGCCCUUCCACGUAGCCCUUGCAGUGGUGGUCCUCCUAGCAUGGCUCAGUCGGCCAGGAAACGGUUCCAUAAGCGCCAUCCGUGGCUGGAGAGCACUCUACGUAGCAUCUGUCGCGACACACUUCGGAGCACAAGUCUGGAUGACCCUGGUCUCGGGUAUUGUCCUAUACUUCAACCUGCCGCGACAUGAGUUCGGUCGAGUGCAAACAGUUUUGUUCCCCGUGUACUACGCCUUCAACGCGGUCAUCAGCCUGUUGGCUCUGAUCGCUUACUACAGGACGCAGUGCCUCACUCACUUUGAACAUACUUCUUGGGUACAGCUAGCACUUCUGCUAGCAGUAUUCAGCAUUGAAUCCUUCGUGCGCCUGCAGCUGGUGCGACCCAUGCUGCGCGCCAAGCAUGUCAAGACACAGAUGGAGGAAGCCGCAGGUGGCGGACAAGAGGUCGGUCGCCUAAUUCUAGGUGAACUCGCACACUGUCCCCGCUACCUUCGUGUCCUGAGGACCUUCAGGGCCUACCACUCGAGUAUAGCCAUGGGCACCAUGAUAGCCCUCGGCUGCUCAUUAUACUCCACCAUGAUCAUAGUCGACUCCAUGUGCCGUUAAUCGACUAAACAACAAACUACUGGAGAAGAAAAUAAAAUAUAAAACUAUCCCGUUGGCAUGCUGUGUAAAUUUUAAAUUAUUUAAGGGGUUUGAAUUUCACAAUUUUUUAUAAUAUUGAACGUUAAUUACCAUGUAUGUAGGACGAACAUGUUUGGAUUAUCCUAACAUGUAGGAAAUGUUAUUGUUAGUAAUCGAUUUGUAUUCAGACUAGAUUAAGUAUUUUCUGUUUGAAUGGAAGAAUAUCUUUUGUAAGUAAAA